UACGCAGGGGCGGACUGACAACUCAUGGGGCCCCCAGGCAAUAGGGGAUCAUGGGGCCCCUGUGUCCUUGCCCAAACUCAAAAAAGCCUAUCAAAAAGGUACCAGGGGCAUCUCAUGGGGCCCCCUACUGACCCUGGGCCCUCGAGCAGUGCUCAAGUUUCCAAAUGGGCCAUCCGCCCCUGCAUAUGAACAUAGAGGGGGAGGUGUGUCAUGAAGAAGCCCAGUCUAAAAAACCUAUUUAAUGUUGCCAUGACAGGUUUUCUUUAACUGUAAAAUUCCAUAUCUUAAUUAAUUUAUUUUAUUUAAUAAUUCCCAAGAUAACU